AUGGAUGAAGACCAGCGGUGUGCGACUCCAAAUUGCUCUGAUGGCCAACUUGAAAGACCCACCAAAAAGGAGGCUGAUAGACCCCCAAAGACCCCAAAGGAGGCCGAGACCACCAAGGGGGCCGAUGGACAGGGGGCCGAGACCACCAAGGAGGCCGACAGACCCCCCGAUGGAAGCGGCACAGGUUCUCAAAGAUCAAAGGAGGCUGCAGACCCCCAUUCAAAAGAAGCGAAAGCGUCAGCUGGAGAUUCAUCAGCUGCGUUCACCGAAAAGUCGUUGGAGUUUCUGUCCCUGAUGAUGGAAUCUAUGAAAGAGAUGCAAAAGCGAAUGAACGACUCCAAAGAUGAGGCUGGCUUGGUGAAGGGUGUCGAAACCAUCCGAACUGGCAGUCCUGAUCUUCCUGUUCUAGCACCAUGGGAAGCCCAACAAGGACCGUUGAUCCUUGGCGAUUGGCUGUUGCUGGCAAAGCCCAUCAUAGCCGACUUGUCCUUAACUGCAGGUGAAUGGUGGCGAAGCACUGUCAAAUCAGCUGAGGAGUGGUACAAGCUUCACAUGAGUUUGAGCCCUUUGGAAAGAAUCAAGCACCCCUGUCAAGCACCGCCUGAGAUCACCAUGGAAAAGUGGCAACGUGUUGAACGCCGAGCGAGAAAUCGCGCAAAAGAAAUCGGAGCUGUUCCUCCGGAUCCAGCCCUACAACUGAAGGGGCUCCUCAAAAUGUCAAAGAAGCAAUUGGAAAGCCAUCGAGAACUGCAGUUCAGAGUCUCCCUAGUCCGGUCUGGGCUUGGUGUGGACACUACACCAAAUGAUGUAAAUCUGGAGCAGUUUGCAUACCACCUUCUUGCUGAAUUUGAACAGCUGGCUCUGACUGAGAAGAAGCCAGGAACAUCCUCGGCCGCUGCCAAGGGUGAACAGCCGAAGCUGAAGUCUUUGGAAGCAGAGAAGUCAAAAGCAAAGAAAGGCGAAGAAGAGACUGGAAGGCCACGAAUGCAGAAGGUUGAGGGGGAGGAGAAGUCACCAUCAAGUUCAAAAGCCAAGGAGGACGAAGGAAGCUCAGAACAGGCUUCUAUGAAAGACUUCUUGGAACAAGCGAAUAAGAUGUUGAAAAGCCUGACAACAUCUGCGUCCGCCACUUCAUCCACAACAAGUUCUGCAAAUGAGCCAAGAGAUGAAGUUGUUGACCGACUUCAGCAACAACUGAACUCGCUGAAGUUGAAGGUGUUCAAAUUGAGCCAAGUUUCCUUUGGAAAAUCACAAGGCCUUGUAGACUCAGGGGCUACUCAUGCACUUCGUCCACUACGUCCUGUGGAACCCUUUGCAGGAUACAAAACUGUGCCUGUGACCCUUGCGAAUGGCCAACAAGCUCAACUGCGAAUGACUCCAGGAGGCGUGAUGGUCCCUGAGAGGGCUGAUGCGGAGCCGAUCUUACCAAUGGGUUUGCUCAUUGAAAAGCUUGGCUGCAAAAUCGAAUGGAAUAGUGAAGGAGUUUGCCUUCGUCACCCACAGCGUGGCAUUUUGCCAAUCCAAGUUAGCGGUGGUUGCCCUCAAAUGGCCAGGUCAACAACCCUUGAACUGAUAGAGGAGUUGGAGCAGACUGCAACCCUGGGGAAAGUCGAAGAAAGAACCUUUAAAGAAGAAGUUGAAUGGAUGAAGAAGCUUGUAGAAACACAUCCAGUUAGCAGACGAGCCAACUUCAUGGUCAACUUUGCCUGUGAACCGAAGAACCAGGAAGCGAAUGCAGGAGAGGACUCUGGUUUUACUCUUGCCCGUGCAUGGCAUCAACAAGGAGGUGAAGCCUCCGCUCUGUUGGAGAUUGACAUCAAAAGAGGUUCACAUCAUGACCUUUCAACUGAAGUUGGACCCUAUGCAGCGUUGAUCAGAGCUGCACUGGAGAACAAGAUCCACGCCAUCGUCGGUGGCCCAAAUUGCCGAAGCAGAAGUGUCUUGCGUCACUACAAG